CCUCCUCGCGGAUUGGCCGCCGGCCGCGUCCCUCACGGCCCGUCUGCUCGCUGAUUGGCGGCGGCCAGGCAGGCAGGAGCCAUGGCGGCGGUGGCGGCCCGGGGCGCGCUGCGCUCGCGCUCCCCGCUGCUGGGCUGGGCGCUGAGGACAUCUCCGCGACUGCUCUGUGUGGCGACACAACAGAAAAACCCCGGCCAGAACGUGGAUGAGGACCAGAGCCACAAUGAGCAGAAGGCUGAAGCCAGCCCCGCUGAAAAGAUGUUAACUGAGGAAAAGGCCAAGCUGGAGGAGCAGCUGAAGGAAGUCACCGACAAGUACAAGCGUGCCUUGGCAGAUGCAGAAAAUGUGAGGCAAAGAAGCCAGAAACUAGUAGAAGAGGCGAAGUUAUAUGGGAUUCAGAGCUUCUGUAAGGACUUACUAGAAGUUGCAGACAUUUUGGAGAAAGCAACAGAAAGCGUUCCAAAGGAAGAAAUUAAGGAUGAAAAUCCUCACCUGAAGAGCUUGUAUGAGGGUCUUGUCAUGACAGAAGUACAGAUUCAGAAAGUGUUCAAAAAACACGGCCUGCUCAGACUGAAUCCUGUCGGAGCCAAGUUUGAUCCCUACGAACACGAAGCGUUGUUCCACGCUCCCAUGGAGGGGAAGGAGCCGGGCACUAUCGCAUUAGUAUCCAAGAUUGGCUAUAAGCUGCACGGGCGUACGCUGCGGCCUGCCUUGGUGGGUGUUGUGAAAGACGCUUAGCUGCUUAAUCAGAGAAUCUAAAAUGCCAUACAAUUAUUAAACAGCUGGAUGGUUUUUCUCUUA